AAAAGAGUGGCCGAUUGUAAAUGGGCCCGCGCAAUUUUGAUUUGAUAAUUGCCAUUCUGGGUGUGUGGGGUAAGAAAGAAUGGGUAAUCGGAAAUGGGGGAGAGAGUGGGGAAAUUGCGAUGGGGAAAAUGGGUGGGGAAAGGGGCCAAUUGGGGCCGACCCCAAGGUGAUCGUGAUUUGAAAUUGCCAUUGUGGUGGGCUGGGGAAGAAUGGGCCCAUUUGGAGAUGGGAGGGGAAAUUGCGAUGGGGGAAACUGGGUGGGGAAAGGGGCCAAUUUGGGCCAACCACAAAGGUGAUCGUGAUUUUAAAAUUGCCAUUGUGGCGGGCUGGGAAAGAAUGGGUAAUUGGAAAUGGGAAAGAGUGGGGAAAUUGCGAUGGGGGAAAAUGAGUGGGGAAAAGAGUGCGAGGAAAUUGAAGAGGGGGCAACCCAAAGGCGAUUGGGUUGAUUUGAAAAUUGCCAUUAUGGAUGCAGGGUAGAAUGGC